AAUCGAAAAUUUCUGAAGGGCGAACAUUGCGAACAUGGUCGGCUUUCCGCGAUGAGGAUGUGCUCUUGAUCAGAAGCUGAAACUGUUCACAAGAUGGAUAAUUCGACUCCAACAAAUGCUUCUCUUUCGAACGAAGAUGACACCGGGCUUAAAAUACCCCUUGGUUACCACAUCGUGGCCUAUUUGGCGAUUGUACUGGGAUUCUCUGCCAAUCCCUUUAUAUGUUUCUCCUUCGCUUAUUUCAGACGAGUACGAUCCGUGAAUAACUAUUUUGUUGUCAACCUGGCUGUUAUUGACAUAUUAUUUAUAAUUCUCCUCUGUAUCCAGAUAGCAGCGCCGGCCCUGCAAAAAAGAAUGUCAACUGAUAAUUUUUAUUACUUGAAGGAGACUUUACUCAUUACAGAACAAUUCUGCUACUCAGGAUGCAUGGCAGCGGUGACCAUCAUAAGCUAUGAUCGGUACUAUUCCGUCACCAAGCCUCUCCAUUACUACACCAAUAUUACCCACACUAAAGCAAUAAUUUUUAUUGCUUGUAAUUGGAGUUAUGCGACGGUGAUGGCAUUACUGCAAUUGCUUUUUUAUCUUCCCAAUGAGAAUUAUUUCAAAUACGGUUACCUCUCGUUAAUGGGACUUACCAAUGCAGUGAUUCCUUUGUAUGUCAUACUAUAUUGCUAUAUGCACAUCUUUAUUAUCGCUUCGCGACACCUACGACACAACCCGCACCGUGGACAAGAUCAGAAUGGCGAAGCUAGUGUGUUCACAAAGAACCUGAAAAUAGCAUUUCAUAUCCUUGUUCUCGUUGCUCCUGUCCUUCUUUUCUGGAGCACUUUCUCCGCUGUAACGAUUAUAGAGGUUCACUGCCCAGAUUGCAUACCCAAACAUAGUUUUCUGGAUACAAUAAUGAGUAUGACUCCAAAUGUGAUAGCCUCAGUCGAUCCUAUUAUAUACAUUUUCCUCACCAAAGAUUUCCGUGAGAUCAUUUGUGGCUGGUUCAAACUCCACAGGAGUCAUCCUUUCUCCGUCAGCGAGACUUUUCACCUUUCAACGACAAAAUCAACAAACCCUCAGGUUUUGCUGGCGGCAAAGAGACUCGUCAGCGAAAGCGGGGAUUCUUUGGAGGGUUCUUAUCGUCUAUAUUAAAUAUUUUUGCUUUCGUUGUGGUUUUGGCAAGGUCUGAUAACAAGCAUAGGAAGACUUCCACCAGCGUGACGUGAAACAAAAAGUUUAGUCAAAUAAGGAAGCACGAAUUUGAAUAUUAUAACGAAAUAUCAAGGAACUGUGACCUCGGGAAACACAAAAGAACAACAAGGGAUUAUUUAAAAAUUUACGAAGCAAACAAAAGAAUUCGACGGAUUUUACCUCUACAUCUGCAUUACAAAAAAACAAAAAAUAGAAACUACAGCGAAGCAGAUAAGGAAAAUCUUCUGAUAAUUCCAGUUUGCUGAAUCUUUGUAUUCAUUGGAUGAUGUCAUAUCUGAUAAAAAUAUUUAUAUAUAGGAAAGAAAUUUAAAACGACCAUAAAAAAACGGUCUGGUUUUGAAGAUACUGCGAGCAAUUGCUGCUAAUAACUUUGUCUAUGUCAGAUUUGAAUUAGCGAACUGACGACAGUCAAAACGUUCUUUUUAAACCGCCUAGAAGUUUAAGCUUAAUGAUCGUUUCCAAAGGAAAAUUUAUUAGACUGCUUGCAAUUUCCAAAGCACUUACAGGGGAAAAUCAAUUUAAACAGACUACCGGCAGCUCUGAUGAACUUUUUCUGUCUUGAAUGACGAUAAGUCCAAAUGUUUUCGGAUCUGUUUGACAUACAAGCUAUUAUUACUUAUGAAAAAUUGAUCCAAGUGUUACGUGUAAAAUGUCUUAGACAAACACAUAUCAAGGUCAUAUUUCAAUGUAUAAAAUGCAAAUAUCUACUAGAAAGACACUGUUAUUUUUAACUCUUUCAUUUUCAAUGGCUCCAUAGAAGUAAAAUUGUUUUGGUAUUGUCUGUACAUAUAUUGAUAUCCGAGGAGCACAAUGAUGUUAAAAUCUUAAUUACCAAAAACUGAAAUAGCGGCCUUCAUUGGACUGACACUGAUGGCAGGUGUACCUCGUGUGACACUUCUCUUUUUCAUGAAUUUGCAAUUAAUUUUUACUUGUCAUUUUCACACGGAAAAAGAAAUAUUUGGGAAAAGCUUAACCCAUAGACUAAGCUGAUUUUCGUAUUUUCAACCGAAAAUAUACAAGUGCUCUCGUUUGGGUAAAUCAUUGUAAAUGGAACAAAAAUUGGGAAACUUUUAAGGGGGAAAAGCUAAGUUCCGGGAGGCCAUAAAAGAGGAUUUGAAGCAAAUCGCAUAAAUCUAUGACAAAUAAUAAUUUAAUGAUUUAUAUCGUCGGUUUGUUCAACGAAGUCGUGCGGCGCAACAUUCCUUCUAUAAACGACCCACUGAAGAAGAUAAAUGAUAGGUAAUAUCAAUCAGUUGCAUGCAGGUUUUGGGCGCAUCAAUAAUUUACUUGGUUUAUUUCAAACAGCGAGAAAACAGUUUAAAGCUAACUUGGAUCAAUACCGUAAACUCGCCUCAUUGCAACGUGGACGAUUUUCAAUCAUAAUUUAAGGUGAAACAUUCAUAACUCAUAGCAUAAAUAAUUAAAUUGACUUAAAAGGUUUUAAUAUCAGAUCAAUUUUUAAAGCUGCAUAAUGUGUAGGAUGAUGAAACAGUAUAUUGAUAGAUGUUUACUAAGGUAAGUCCUUUCUAUUACGGAUAAUGUAAUGUCUGAAAGAAAUAAAGCCUAAAUGACAGACUAAA